UAUGAACUAUAAUUUUAGACAGACAGUAGAGAUGGAAUCUAAUUUUUGGACUGGCCAUAAAAAUGAGGAUGAAGAAGAAUUCUUGCUUGCAAAUGUUGUGGCACUAAGGAGUCAGCUAAAGGAAACCGAGAGAAGUCUGCAAAAUCUAGGGGAAGAGCUUUCCAGUUCAAGUGAAGGUUCUCACUGCAUUUCCCAUUUCACUAAAAUUGUGGGACUGUCACUGGAAGAUCUUAUUCAACCUGAUUGCAGUGAAUAUCAAAAUUAUUCAGGUCAGAAGAGUGCUUGUAAAGCAUCCCACCAGGACAGGACUCCUCAAAGGAAAUCCAAAACCAAAUCUCACUCCGUGUCUGCUGCUUUUAAUAAAAGCAUGGAAAAGAAAAAGGAAAACGAACAUGUUAAAGAGAAGCUGAGUAUACUUCAUGAGCAAAAUUCAUCUCUUGUUUCUCAGAACUACUGCCUAAUGAAUAAAAUUGAAACUAUCAACUUGGAACUAGCUCAGUCAAAAACAAGAAUCUCUCUUCUUGAAUCAGCUUUAGGUACUCAUUCCGUCAAUAUUCCUUUGUUAGAAGAACAGAUUGUAAAUUUGGAAGCGGAAGUUACAGCUCAAGAUAAAGUUCUGAGAGAUGCAGAAAAUAAAUUAGAACACAGCCAGAGGAUGGUGGUGGAAAAAGAGCAUAUAUUGCAGAGGUUUAAAGAGGAAUGUAAGAAGUUGAAAAUGGAUUCAGUUGAACAGAGCAAGCAAAGAAAGAGAGCAGAACAGCAAAGAAAUGAAGCUUUGUUUAAUGCUGAAGAACUGACUAAAGCUUUUAAAAAAUACAGAGAGAAAAUAACUGAAAAACUAGAAAAGGUUCAGGCUGAAGAAGAAGUUUUAGAGAGAAAUUUAAUUAAUUGUGAAAAAGAGAAAGAAAAAUUGCAUGAAAAAUGUGUUGCUUAUAGAAAUGAACUUGAAAGCACAGAAGAACAAUUAAGACAAAUAAAAGAAGAGAAUCGCAGCACAAGAGAAGAAAUUAAGUGCCUAGAAGAAAAAAACACUGAAAUUGUGUCAUUGCUGACACAGUCUAAACAGAAGAUCCUUAAGCUUGAGAGUGAACUUACUGACAAGGAAGUAAUACUAAAAGAGAAAAAAUCCCUAAUAAGUGAAAAUGCAGAGCUAAAAGCACUUACUGCACACCAGAAUGAUCGCCUGAAGUUAUGUCACCAAGAAAUUGAAGAUUCAAGAGAAGAGCUGGGCACUUUGGAAAGUAUUAUUUCCCAGUUGUCAUUGAGUGCAUCUGAGGAGUUUAAAUUGCAUCACUCAAAAUGUCAGCUGCUCAGUUCCUCCACAAAAGAAGCUAACAGCGCCUCUUGUUGUGAAUCAAAUAAAUCCCAGAUUGCAGACCUCAGAAUUAAAUUGGCAAUGAAAGAAGCAGAAAUUCAAAAGCUCCAGGCAAAUCUAACUGUCAGCAAAGUAGUUCAGCAUCUUUCUGAUGAUCAGGAAAAAGAAAAUGGCAGAUUACAUGGCCUAGAGACAGAACCUGUAAAACUGACCGGAAAUAGAUCAGAGGUGCAAAGAUGCCAACAGCUGGAGCUCAUCAGCAAACAAUUUGAAAAGGAGAAGCGAAGAUAUACUAGAGAGAUAGAAGAACUACAUGCUAAGCUGACAAAUGCAAAAGAACAGAAUUCUUCCUUAAAGACCAGCAUGUCCCAGAGAGCCAGUCAGUUUCAAAUCAUACAGGAAGAACUGCUAGAGAAGGCUGCAAAAACAAGUUGCUUAGAGAGAGAAAUAACAAAAAAAUCCUCUCAGCUUUCUGCACUUGAAAAGCAGCUGGAAGAAAAGACAGUUGCUUUUUCCACUGCUGCUGCCAGAAAUGCUGAACUGGAACAGGAACUUAUGGAAAAGAAUGGUCAGAUUCGUAACUUGGAAACAAAUAUCAAUAAAGAACAUGAGCACGUAACUAUUACAUUUGAAAAAGCAAAGUUAAUUCAUCUUGAACAGCAUAAAGAAAUGGAGAAACAGAUUGAAAUACUUCAGACACAGAUGAAUAAGAAACAUGAGCAAUUUAAUGAGCAAGAGAAGACAAUGUCCAUUUUACAACAAGAUAUUCUGUGUAAACAACAACACAUUGAAUCAUUGGAUCGGAUGCUGAUAGAAAGCAGAAAGGAAAUGGAAAAGCAAAAUAUCAAGAAAGAUGAAGCUUUGAAAACUUUGCAAAACCAGUUAACUGAGGAAAUGGUCAAAGGCAGACAACUUGAAUCAGCUCUAGACCUCUGUAAAGAAGAACUUGCAGUAUAUUUGAGUCGGUUAGAUGAAAAUAAGGACUCAUUUGAAAAACAGCUAAAGAAGAAGUCUGAAGAGGUGCAAAGGUUACAAAAAGAAAUAAAAUUAAAAAAUCAAAAUCUUCAGGACACAAGUGAACAAAACGUCCUCCUACAACAAACUUUGCAUCGGCAGCAGCAAAUGUUACAAGAAGAAACCAUUAGAAACGGAGAGCUAGAGGAUAGCCAACUUAAACUUGAAAAACAGGUAUCUAAGCUAGAGCAAGAACUUCAAAAACAGAGAGAAAAUUUAGAAGAAGAGUUGAGAAAAGCAGAAGGGAAACUCCAUAUAUCUUCUCAGGAAGCAGAUUUAAAAAGACAGAAAGUCGCUGAACUGACUAGUACAAUCAGGCAGAUUAAAUUAGAGAUGGAUCAAUGCAAAGAUGAACUUAUUGAUAUGGAGAAAGAACUAAUACAAUUAAGAAGAGAUGGUGAAACAAAAACAAUGCAGCUAAAUCAGUUAGGAAUUACUUUGGAGCAGUUGCAGUCAGAAGUAAAUAAAAAAACAAACCAAGUGACUGAGUUAGAAGAUAAACUGCUUCAGAGUGAGGCUUGUUACAAGAAUGCCUUACAGAAAAUAGCAGAGCUGGAGACUGAAUUACAGAAUGCCCAUGGAGAGUUAAAAAUCACUUUGAGACAACUACAGGACCUGAGAGAGAUUCUUCAAAAUGCACAGUUAUCACUGGAGGAGAAGUAUGCUGCUAUCAAGGAUCUGACAGCUGAGCUUAGGCAGUGCAAAGGUGAAAUUGCGGAUAAAAAGCAAGAACUUCUUGACAUGGACCAGGCACUGAAAGAAAGGAACUGGGAACUGAAACAAAGAGCAGCUCAGAGAACAUUGCUGAUACAGAGCACUCAUGUAGUCACCAGAGUCUAUACAAGUGGCUACUUCAGACUACUGCUUAGUGAAGCUGCUAAAAGGGUUACACAGUUAGAUAUGACUAUUCGUGAACACAGGGGAGAAAUGGAGCAGAAAAUAAUCAGAUUAGAAGGCAGUUUGGAGAAAUCUGAAUUAGAAAUUAAGGAGUGCAACAAACAGAUUGAGAGCUUAGAUACCAAACUACAACAUUCUAGAGAUGAGCUUCGUGAAAAAGAGUUUGAACUGCUGCAGAGAGAUCAAGAAAUAAAUCAACUGAAAAAAGAAAUUGAAAGAAAACAACACAGACUCACAGGUAUUGAAAAGACAGUGAAAAACCAGGAGAAGUGCAUUGCAGAUCAGUACAAGGAAGCACUAGAUUUAGGUCAACAAUUAAGGCUAGAACGAGAACAGAUGCAGCACAUUCACUUGGAUCUGCUGGAGACUCGCAGGCUGCUGGUUCAAGCUCAAAGAGAAACAGACAGACUUUCGCAUGAACUGGAAGAAGUGAACCAUCUUUCUCAAGAAAAGGAAGCUCGUGCAAACUGUUUGGCAGAAGAACUAGGUGCUGCUCAAGCGCAUGAAGCCCAGUUAGAAGCAAGAAUGCAAGCAGAAAUAAAAAGGCUUUCAGCAGAAAUAGACUCAUUAAAAGAGGCUUAUGAGCUGGAGAAGCUUGCUCAUCAAACAGACCAGGAAAAGUGGUAUGUAUCUAUAGACACCCAGAAAUCUGGCUCUCAGCAUCUAAGUGGGCAGUUGCAGCAGCUGAAGCUGGAGUUAGAAGAGGCUCAAGACACUGUCAAUAAUCUGCAGCAGCAGCUUCAGGCCAGAGAUGAAAUAGUUCGUGCUGCAAAUGAAGCACUACUUGUGAAGGAAUCUCAAGUAACAAGAUUACAGACCAGAAUUGCUGGGCAUGAACGAACAGAAGGUAUCAAGCAGCUACCAAUACCGCUUGUAUUAUCAACUCAUGCAUUGUUCAGUAAUCAAGAACAGGAUUCUUCCAGAUAUUCUCAUGCUUCAUAUUUUAAACAUAGAAAACUACGUCGAUCUAUAAGUGCUAGUGACUUAAGUGUUAAAGAUAGCAAUUCACUAGAUCUGUCAAAAAGCACAUUAGAUGAUUUCAAACAAAUACUGAUGUUACAGUCUUCAGUGAUUCAAGACGGUCAAAAGGAUUUUUUUCAUACAACAAAUAGGUUGAAUGAAUCUUCAUUUGAUCCCCUGACAUUUGCUUUAGAUGAAGAUAUGGCUUCUGACUGUAAUGACUUCCAAACUCUUAGUGGAAUGCUAAAAUAUAUCAACAAAGAAAUGAGGAAAUCUGAAAAUGCUUCUACACAUGUAUCGAUCAAUGCGAACUCAAAGGAAAAACAAGCAUGUGCUUCUGUGAUAGGGGACAAAGAUUAAGAAGAAAAGAUACCAUCAGUCUGACAAGCAAUAAAGCCAAAAGUGGAAUUAUUUCCAACACAACAUAGAAUUUAAAGAGGAAGUGUUAAUAUAGUAAUGUGUAUAUAUUUUAAUGUAUUUUUGUUGGCUGUAAAUUGCAACCUUUUUAUUUUUCUAAAUUUAUUAUUAUUGUUCUGAAAUAAUUUGUAUAGUAAUUCUGUUUUGGAAAUAAACUUAUUUUUUAAGGUUUUGUUGAGUUCUGGGGAUAAAUAUAAAUUGUCCAGACUUACUACAGCUUUCUAAUUAGUUGCCUUACUCUUUUUAUAUCUAAUUUCUACCUAAAAGUGCUAUUAGGUAUUUAAAAACUUUAUUUUCUUUAUACUGUAAAUGAACUGUCAUUAGUAAGAAUUUUUUUUCCCCACUAAGCUGACAAAUACUAAGGGGUUCUCAACCCCUGGCCUGUGAGCCAGAUCCAGACACUGGGCCAUGUCAUCUGGCUCACAGGGCUCACCACAGGUCCAUGGGGAGCCCCAUGGCCAUAGCUCUGUGUGUAUAAUCUGGUGCACAGGGCCCAAUCCUGGCACUCAGGAUGGAGCAGGGCCCCAAACUUCAAUCCUGGUAUGUGGGCAUGGUGCAGAGUCUGAGUUGGCCUGCAGAUCGACCACAUGCUAUUCGUCUGCCUGGGUGGCCAAAACCUAGAACACUACUGCUUUAGGCUUGAUCAUAAUGUUCAUUUAUGAUCAUAAACAUCACUAUUACAAAUCUUGCUACCACAAAUAGUUUCAUUUACAGUUUACUUCAGAAUAGGUGCUAAGGAGAAUUCUGCAGUAACGGGCCAUUUUUAUGGUCUAAUUCUGUGGUAAAGAGAAGAUGUGCCCUCAAUGAAAACAGGGUAACCCACUAUGGCUUAGCUUCCAUUAGUAAAUGACAGGGUAAGAGUGUGUACGUUUGGGCUUUUACCAUGGCCUACUGACACAGUCAAGCCCUGGUUCUUUUUACUUCCACGAUAAGUUAUUUACUUCCAUACUCUUGGAACUUGGUCAUUCUCUAGCUGAAGCCCAUGAAAAAGCUUCCAUUACUUUCAGUAAAAACAAGUAUGUAUCUCAUUUUUAUAAACUGUAAUAAAAUUAAUUGUUUUUUGCU